GUCACAAAAUUUGCAACCGAAUUUAUAAUAGUUGCUAUGCGGUUGCUAAUCUGCGACGCUCUUGUAAUAAUUUGGAACUAACACGGUAGUCGCUACUAUUAUUUUUAAUAUUUAUUAAAAAGAAAUAAAAAAAACCCCUAGUAUAAUAAAAAAAAUAAAAAAAAAUAAAAAAAAAACCCCUUAUUCCUAAAAAAAAUGAAAAAAAAGGUUAUUGCCGCCAAAAAAACAAGAAUUAUCAAUCAGUCUUAUACUCUUAUUCACAGUAAAAAACAAGAACUAUCAUACUCUUCCUCAAAAAAAAAAAAAAAAAAAAACCCUUAAUCAUUUAACUCGUGAAACAAAAAAGAAAAAAAAAAAAAAAAAGAAGUAAUCACUCUGAAAGAUACACACAGAAGGGUUAAUUUUAGAGAAUCAACCCUCAGCCCCUCACCGUCGUUCUUCAUCUUCCUUAGCUCCGCUGCGCCACCACGUCUCUUCCCAGUUCUUUGGAAAUGAAAUCCUUCAUGAAAAAUUCAAAAAUUGGUCGGGGAGGUAAUCAAGGCGGUGUCCGAGCCAAUAAUCAAUCGGUUGAUCAAGACAAUCCUGUGGUCACACGACCCACACCACCACCUUCUAAUGAAUAGGUACAAGUAAAUUCUAAUACUGAUGUUACUGUUGAGAAUGAUGUGUCACCACAUAAUUUGAAUGGAGUGGAACAAGGAAAGAUUGAGCUCUCACCAGAUGAGCUAUGGUUUGAUGACCAUACCGUUAGUGGAAAUGUCACAAAAUCUUGGAAGGCACACUACAACCACCCAGACAUGAAUUUUACUGAGGUUCAACUUAUAGUUAGGGAUCGUUGGUUCACUGAGUUUAAGCCCCAAAACCCACUCCCAAUCCCUUCUUCACAGCAGCAUCAACAUUGAUGCGUAAAACCCUAGCAGCAGCAGCAGCAACAACAUCAGCAGCGUACAUAUACUUGGAGACCUGAGUUCGAUGCUAAGGCUAGGAGAGAAUUCGACAAAAUAGCUGGGGACCGACUUAGGGUACAUUGAACCAAGUUUUCAAAAUGGCUCUCCAAAAGCAAUUUAGUUUCAUGACAGACACUGUUCGAGCUGAAUUCAUAAAUAAGCGUAAGCAUCCUGAUUUUCUGAAACGUUCUAACCAAGCAAGAGAUAAUCGGUUAUCUGGCCAAACAUUAGAGAAGUUUGACCCUGGCCAUCGCCAAGGUAGCGUAUCUACUCCUCAAGUGGUUAAAAAAAAUGGCAAAGAAAAAGGAUGGAAUUUUACCAACUGCUACUGAAGUCUAUGAGAGCACUCAUUCUGUUUGUGUGGGCAAUGAUGAAGUUGAAUUGAUGGGUGACAAGUCUCAAAAAGUCAUGGGAGAAUAUAUGGAAAAACUUGAGGAAUAUAAGAACAAAGGAAUUGAGAUAAACCCCGACAAAGUCUACUUGGAGGUUGUAGGUGGGCAAAAGAAAGGAAAAGUCUAUGGUUUAGGGAGUGCUUCACAUAUGUAUAACAAGAGUGAUCCUACUUCUCAAUCUACUGCGUCAUCUUCCACUCCUUCCAUGAUUUCUCAAUUAAGUUCUCAAGUUGAAGAACUAAAGAAGAUGGCGGAAGAAAACCAUAACAAGGUAGAAGAAAGCAAAAAAAUAGCGGCAGAGAGCUUAAAAUGUGCUAAGGAAUUCGUCAAAAAUCAUGAGAUCGAAAAAGCUACAUGGAAGAAGGAAAAAUUAGCUAUGCAAAAAACAUUGCAGGAAAUGGCAUCACUUGUAAAACAAGUUUACCGUCCUUAUAAGCCUCCUACGCUUGCAGUCACCCGCUCUCGUGAUACAACUAAGUGAUUUUUACUUUCUUGGUGGUAAUUUUAUGAACAACUGGUCUUUUACAUUGUCAUUAAUUCUUGUUUGAAGUAGCUUUUUUUUAUAUGGGAGGUGACUUUUGGAACAAUUAGUUAUAUGAGUUAAAUAUUGUUUUUUAAUACAUUCAUACAAAAUUGAUUGAUAUUUUGGAUAUUUGAAUAAAAUUAACAUUUUGGUUAUUUGAAUUUA